UCAUGGUAAAGUUAAUACUCUUAUCACCAGCCGACACUUUUUAAGGAAAAUUAUAAGCAACCAAAAAACCAUUCUGUCCAAAAAACUUUACUUACUACACACAAUUUUGUUCCCCUAUUCUUAGUGGGAUUUUAUUUUUGGAGGGCAAUGUUUUGUUAGUGUUAAUGAAUUGUGAUUUAUGAGGCAUACCAAACACUUGAGUUGAGCUGAAAAACUGUAGAACCAGGAAUUUAGUAACUGAUGGUAGACAAGAUCCGAGAAGAGAAACCAACAGUUGAGUAACUGUUGCCGUUAUCUGUUGUUUUAAGUGUGAUUCCCAAUAACGUUUGUGGUGUUAAAAGGCUUUUGUUGAUAAGAAGGAGAGGCUCUCAAAGACUGGAAAAUAAAGGGGCUAACUGGGUCUUCUUCUCUUGCCCCCCAACUAACAGGAUAGUGGCUGGUUGCCGAUAAGCUGUAAAUGAGGCGAGGGAGAAGAGGAGUGGUGCAAUGUCCAUGAAAAGCAAGAGUGGAACUGUAGAACUGAGUGCAAGGAACGUCCUGCAGAGGAAAUGGGCUCUUCUGCUCUGUUUGGCAAGCUUCUGUGCUGGAAUGUUCUUCACAAAUAGGAUAUGGUCGAUGCCUGAAUAUGUGGAAUUUCCAGGGACUAAUAGUGAGAUUGAAAGAAUAAAAUUAAACUCUGAUGGUUGUAAUCUAAAUCCAGUUGCGAGGCAAAACUCAAAUUACAGUAAAGUGGAAGUUUCAAAUACAGAGAAUGUCGUCAAGAAUGAUGUCAAGAGACCAGGGAAGUCAGAGACAAUUGAAUCAAGUACCAGGAAAAAAUAUUUCAUGGUUAUAGGGAUCAAUACAGCUUUUAGUAGCAGGAAACGAAGAGAUUCUGUUCGUACAACUUGGAUGCCACAAGCUAAUGAAAGACAAAAGUUGGAGGAAGAAAAGGGAAUAAUAAUACGAUUUGUUAUAGGUCACAGUUCUACAUCUGGUGGCAUUCUUGACAAAGCUAUUGAAGCAGAGGAGAGGCUUCAUGCUGACUUUUUGAGGCUGAACCACGUUGAGGGAUACCUAGAACUAUCAGCUAAGACAAAGACAUACUUUUCGACUGCUGUUGCCUUGUGGGAUGCGGAAUUUUAUGUUAAAGUUGANGAUGAUGUUCAUGUCAAUUUAGCAACACUUGGAUUGUCUUUGAGCAUGCACCGAAUGAAACCUCGGGUGUAUGUUGGGUGCAUGAAAUCCGGUCCUGUCCUUGCUCAGAAGGGAGUGAAAUACCAUGAACCAGAAUACUGGAAGUUUGGAGAGGUGGGAAACAAGUACUUCCGUCAUGCUACAGGACAAUUAUAUGCCAUCUCCCAAGAUUUGGCUACUUAUAUAUCAAUAAAUCAGGAUGUGCUUCAUAAAUAUGCCAACGAAGAUGUCUCAUUGGGAUCUUGGUUUAUUGGUUUAGACGUAGAGCAUGUUGAUGAUAGGAGAAUGUGUUGUGGCACACCUCCUGAUUGCGAGUGGAAGGUGCAGGCUGGUAACGUAUGUGUUGCUUCAUUUGAUUGGAAAUGCAGUGGAAUCUGCAGGUCUGUAGAGAGGAUGAAAGAAGUUCACCUGCGUUGUGGGGAGGAUGAAAACGCUUUGUGGAGUGCAACAUUGUAAACUAAAAAAAUAGUGCAAUAAAAAUUGAGAAAGCUUGAAGAACACACGAAUGGUGCAGGCCAUAGACGUAGUAUGAGAUACAAAUUUUCUGAACUGAAGACAUAGCCGACCCUUUGCAGCUGUAAAGGAGAAGAAAGAGAAGGAGAGUAUAGUAGCAGCAGUAACAAAACCCAUUCUUUUGUUGUUUAGUGGCUGGAGGGCUUUACAUUCUAGUUCUCUGUCAUAAUAAUUAUUAUUAUCUUCUGUUUUUCUUACACAAGUUUAAUAUAAUUUUAUUUAUUUCUCAAAACUCUUACUUUUUCUUUUUU